CAAAGCUAGUAGUAGCAAGCAAAACAGGGUAAGCAGUUAAACCAAUAAUAGGACUGCUGAAGCAUACUGUGUUAGGCUGCCUCCCCGAGCAGCUGCACCGACCACUGUACAGUACAGCUGUUGCUGCAGCAGAACCUUGGGAGUCAAAGACGUGCUGACUCAAUGUUACAGAAAACGACGGCGGUGCACCAAGGGUAACUGAAGACAUAUUUGAAGAAGUUUGCAAGGACUGUCGGCAUUCGCCGAUUGUUUCUGGAAGCACGGCAGAAUGAUGCAGGUAUGUUAAUAUUUAAAGGAGACUGUUUUUGUUGUUGAUGUUACUUUUGUUGCAUCGGUACUUUACAAACUGCACUGGUUUCAUUUCAAAGUGGCUAUCACUUUUAAAGAUUAUCUUUUUGUUCCGCUCUCGUUUAGGGAGUUUAAUGACAUUGUUUUAAAAAAAUUAAAAAUUACAACAUCAAAAUUAAACUGCAGCCGUACAUCACGGUCAAUGUGUUUUAUUACAUUUCAUACGAUUUUUUUAUUUAUUUUAUUUUCGUUAGUUUUUUUUUUUUUUUUUUUUUUUUUCCAGUUUGCAUUGUUUAUAAAGCAAUAUAAUGAUAUACGUUUACUUUCUUGUUUGGCAUGUUCGGAGUACACGUCCAUCCUAUGAGAACACCCGUCAAAAAUUAUACACAAUUCACAAACAGCACAGUUGACGUACAGUGUUUAUACACUGAAAAGUCUGCCGUGGUCACAAGCCUUUUCGCAACUCUAAAAGUAUGUUUUAAUGUUAGUACGCCAGAAACGAAAACAUUUUUUUUUUUUCUCGGGGUACUGUCAAAUUUGUUUGCAUCCUCCCUAUUCGAUUUGUUUUAAGUAAAACCAACUGACAUAGUACCGUACUUCGCAGAGAGCGGUUUUUUUGUUUGUUUGUUUUUUUGGUGGAUACUGCUCAGUUGAACUGGUUAGGCAAGCCAUUUAAACACAUAGUGAGUUGUUCUAUUCUUUUUACCAAUACGAAUGAAAUCAUCUAGAAUAAUGCCUAAUUUGUUCAGGUUUGUUUUUCAGAUGUUUAUUUCUUAGAUUAUGGUGUCUAUUGCAUACAAUAUUGACAUACAAUACAGACUGAUUCACAAAUGUUGCUAUAAAAACCCUUUAAGGAAAAUGCACUGUGUUGCAACAGCCUGAUGCAAGAAAUUGCUGUAAUUAAUACUUUGUUCUAAAAUGUUAAUGCAAACUUUAUAGGUGAUGGAACCUUAAUCUGAAUCGAGCCUUGUAAGAUGACAAGUCUCUGCAUCAACAUGGUUUAUGGACAGAUCCUGCAUAGAAGUGGGACAGAGGAGGAACUUAUUAAUCUCAAUGUUGGAGGAUUCAAGCAGAAAGUAAAGCAAAGCACUCUUCUGAGGUUUCCACAAACCAGACUGGGUAAAUUGCUGAACUGUCAAUCAGAGGAGGCUAUUUUGGGACUGUGUGAUGAUUACAAUGUUGCAGACCAGGAAUAUUACUUUGAUAGAAACCCUUGCUUGUUCAGAUAUGUUUUGAACUUUUACUACACUGGGAAACUUCAUCUAAUGGAGGAGCUGUGUGUUUUUUCAUUCAGCCAAGAGAUUGAGUAUUGGGGAAUCACCGAGCUUUCCCUUGGCUCCUGUUGCAGCAGUAUAUACCAAGAGCUAAAAGAAGAUGGAAUAGGCAAAGACUGGGGACAAAAGAGUGAUGAAAAACAGAGUUUUGAUUCUUCUUUUGAGGAGCUGUCUGUCCUGGAUGCAGAACUAGAGAAAUUCGAAGGUCUUUGGUGUGCAGAGAUCAGAAAGUGUAUAUGGGUCAGACUUGAAAACCCUGGCUAUUCUAUAUCUGCAAAACUUAUUGCCAUAGCCUCUCUGAGCGUGGUCCUCAUAUCUAUUGUUGCCAUGUGUAUUCAUAGCAUGCCUGAAUUCCAAAAGUUUGAUGCCAAUUAUAAAGAAAUUGAAGACCCUGCUUUAGCAGUGUUGGAGAUUGUGUGCAUUAUCUUCUUCUCCAUAGAAUUUAUGGUGAGGCUUACUGUGGCCCCUUCUCAAAGGAAAUUCUUUGGUAACCCCUUGAACAUUAUAGACUUUGUGUCAAUUAUUCCAUUUUAUGCCACCUUGGCCAUUGACACUGUGGAUGAAGAGAGUGAGAAUUUGGAGAAUGUGGGGAAGGUGGUCCAGAUCUUGCGCCUCAUGAGGAUAUUCCGCAUUCUCAAGCUUGCUAGACAUUCUGUAGGACUCCGCUCUCUCGGUGCUACCUUGCGACAUAGUUAUCAUGAGGUAGGAUUAUUGAUUUUGUUUUUGUCUGUUGGGAUAUCCAUCUUUUCAGCACUUGUCUAUGCUGUGGAGAAAGAGGAAGAUGAGUCAGAACUAAAAAACAUACCUAUUAGUUGGUGGUGGGCAACUAUCAGCAUGACUACAGUGGGUUAUGGUGACACAUAUCCAGUAACAUUAUUUGGAAAGUUAAUCGGUAGUGUGUGCAUUAUUUGUGGGAUAUUAGUAGUCGCCCUGCCAAUCACCAUUAUUUUUAACAAGUUUUCCAAAUACUAUCAGAGGCAGAAGGAAAUGGACAUGGACCAGUGCAAUUCAGAAAUUAAGGAUCCAGAACCUGAUCUUCCAUACUUUAAUGUAAGAGACUUAUAUGCCCGAAAGAUGCACUCAUUUAUUACUAGCCUUUCUUCUGCAAGCAGUGUAGCCAGUGAUCACGAUGAAACAAAUGCAUCUAGCAUCCAAGAGACUGAAAAUGUUUGUAAUACCACUGUUUUGGAAAAUGGUAUGGUGAAAUAAGCUCAUUCUAUUUCAUUUGCUCUCUAGGAAAACCUUACUUAAAGCACUUUACAGUUCUCAGGGCUUUGUUAUUGAUUGAUGUCACUCAAUAUUACUUCCAGAUAUCAUCAAUAACAUUGCACAUGCCUCUUGCUUUUCUUUAUUAUGCAUAUUUUGUUUAAUAAAAUUAAAUAUUUAUAUACUGCCUGUUUCAAAGAUAUGUGGUUUAUAGAAUAAAAGACAAAAACAAUUUCCAGUGGCAUGUAAGUACAUUUUUCACUUUUCAUCCAGAGAAAGAAGAAUGCAUGCAUGUUUUAACAGAAGGAGAAAUUAUGGAAAAUAUUGAUUGAAUAA